UCUUUUCACUUCUUAAAUUUAGUUCGUUUUGUGUGGAUGUUAUCGGUAUCUGACACGUGGUUUAAUUUCUUCCUAUGUGUAAUCUUAUAAUAGAUUUUUUUAUAUAAGCUGAAUAAUUGUUAAAAUGCCACGUUCUUUGAAAGAUUCUGAUGAUGAUGAAGAGGUGAAAGCAGGUCGUACACAUACUCGGAUGUUGGCUGCGCAAUCUACAAUUAACUCUCCAUUACGUCGUAGCAGCAGAAUAAGACAAACUAUGGAAUCUGCAUCUAUAGAAACAUUGAAAAGGACACAGUAUACUAGAAGGACAUCUGUUUCUUCUGACAUUAGUGAGACACGAGAUGUUGAAUUUGGAACAUCUAAAAGAACUACAAGACGCAGUGUAGCUACAACUUUUAGUCCAUCUACCAGAAUUACUCGAACAUUAAGUAAACAUCUUACUCGAGCUGGUUCUGAAACAAAAUCACCAUCAGUAUCGCCACUUAGAACAUGUAGAACAAGAGCUAGUUCUGUUGGUAUGGAAUCAGCAUCUGUAAAACGUCAAAGUCAAUCUGGACCAAUUAAAUUACAUAAACAGACAACCAUGUUACCAUCACAUACCUUACUUAGAGAAGAUAGUGAAGACAAUAAGUUGCUUUUAUUGGAUGAUGUAAUUGGUGAAAUUGAAAAAUAUACAGAAGAUAGUGAAGACAAUAAGUUGCUUUUAUUGGAUGAUGUAAUUGGUGAAAUUGAAAAAUAUACAGAAGAUAGUGAAGACAAUAAGUUUCUUAUAUUGGAUGAUGUAAUUGUUGAAAGUGAAGAAUAUACAGGAAACUCGAGUUCUUCACUGGAUAAGACAUUACAUAUUGGUGAAAAAGAUAAGAAGAAAAGUCUAAAUACAAAACAAUAUAACUCUGAAGAAUGUUUAUUGCAUGAUGUUACUAUAACUGAAGAUAUUCCAAACAAAUCUCCAAAUGCUCUAAAGAAAGACAAAAACGAUAAACUAGACAUUAAAAUAAGUAAUUUGUCAGAAGUUCAGAUAUCACUGAUUGAUAUACGUAAAAACGAAAAAGAGCUUGGAGUUAAGAUAGAAAAUAUUUUGAACACUUCUAUUGAAGAAGAAAAGAGAAGUCUUGGUAAUAAAGAAAACCAAACGCUGAAUAUUACUAGCUCUACAUCAAUAGAGAAGAAUGUGCAACCUAUUAACACCAUGCCAUUAUUAAAUACUGAUUCUUUAACUUCAACUGUAAAUAUAAAUAAAACAUUAAAUGAAAAGGAAAACAAACCUACCUUAAUACUAAAUGAGGUAAGCUUGGAUAAACAGCUUGAUUCGAGAUCAUCAAUAGAAGCUUCCGUAAAACAUAACGCUUUAUUACAAGAUAUUGAUAGCAAUGUGGAAAAAAUGAAUAUUUCUAUAAAUUCUUUAACUUUAAAUCUAACUGAUAACAAAAAUAAUUUGGAUACAUCUUUAAGAAGUGAUGCAAGUGAGAAACGGAGUUCACAUCAUGAUGUGGAUAGUAAAUCAUCUGUAGAUAAUACAAAUAAAUUAAUUUUGAUAGAAAAUGACACUAUAGAAUUAAGUGAUAAAUCCAUUAUUGCAAAAGAAACGUCCAUUGAGAAUAAAAGUGAACCUUUUGAAGAUAUAAUAGAAGAAGCUUUCAAUAAAUCGGAUGAAAAUAAAGAUUCAAAAAAAUCUAUUGUGACUGAAAUAAAUGAAAUGUCAAAUUCAUCUAUCAACCAAAUACCGGAUAAGUGGGAUAGCACAGAAAGUUUAAUUUUUAUUCAAACUUUAGAUAACAACACCAAAAUAUUAGAACAAAGAAGUCCAUGUUCAAGUACAAACGAGGUUUCAUCAAUCGUAGACCGACCUAUUGCUAAUCACUCAAGACAGUUAUCAAAUGAUGCAGAAAACUUGCCAUCAAAUGAUAAAAGUUCUGACGACGACCAAUCUAUAAUACAGUCAAGUAUAUCCCGAGAUGAUGUAACUAAUAAUUCUCCCAAAGAGAAACAGAAAACUCUAUUUGAACAAACGGACUGUGUUUAUGUUGUUCCGGAGAUAAUAAAUUCUUCGUUUAAAAACUUGAAUGCAGAUAAUACGAUACAAGACACUCAAUCUCCUGAUAUUCUAAAACUUUCCGAAAAGUCUGUAACAAAAAUUGCUGAAGACAAUUCGGAUCUCGAUAUUGGUAUUGAAUUAUUUCAAGAUGUUCCUACUGAAAAAUGGGGAAAACAAAAGAUUGAAAAAAACGAUAAAGUUGAACCCAGUUCUCAGGUAACAGAAAAACUAGAAACUAGAAACUCAGAAAGACUAGAAACUCAGAAUUGUGAUCUUGUUUUAGUAGACAAGCAAGCAUGGUAUGAAGCUAAAAACAUGGAAGAGACAAAAGAGCAAAACUUAUUGGAAUAUGAUUCCGAUACUAUAUUAUCAAAAAAUCAAUUAGAAACUGCAAAAACAAGUUUUAGUGAUGCUAAAAGAUUGAGCAUUUUAAAUCAAAAAACGGAUCUCGAUAAUGAAAAAACCAAAACAGUUAAAUUGAAUAAAAAGAAAAAAUUAUUGAUUAAAAGAAGAUCAGCAUCUCAGAAAUAUAAGAAUUCCUCAAGUGAAUGUGAAGAAGAGGAAGAUAGUUUGAGUAUUGCUAAUAAAUCUUCAGAACAGCUAGAGACAGCGGCAUUAAAUCAAUGUAACACUUCAAAAUUAUUCAAAUCAGAACGAGCAAACAUAACAGAACAAAUUUUUCAAGUGCAUGAUAUAUCUAAUAAAGAAAUAGAAGAUAAUACAGAUAGAUCGCAAAGAAGCCUAUCAGCGAGUGAGAAAAAUACACUUUUGCAAAAAUCAACGGAAAAGAGAGAGUCCUUGAAUAAGUCUAUGAAAGACACACCUUCAAAACAGAGUAAUAUACAAGAUCUGUAUAUAAAUCAAUCUCAAAUACAUACUUCAGAAGAAGACUUCGAUAAUGCAGAUGCACAUAUAAAGAAAAAAGCGAAGAAAAAACGGUCUUUGAAUAAAUCAAAUAACAUAGAUAAUAAUAUUAGAACUGCAUGUAAUAAUAUAGUAACUGAGAAAGGAAACAUCUCACUGAGCAAAGAUAACAUUGAAGAAGACACAAUUGUACUUACACACUGUUUGAUAAAUAAGAAAUCAAAAGCACUGGAUAUCAACAAAAUAUUACCAGAUUUGAAUGAUGAAAUCAGUAAUAAUGUAAACAUAAUACGUACUAUAGAUUUAGGAUUUAAAAAUAAAUCUACAUUGACAGUGGCAAAAUUACCUUCUGAUACUGACUUCUCGGAUAACAAUGAGAGUGCUAUACCACAGUUUCUUUGUGCACAAAGUAGCGAAGAUAAUAACAAAGAUGAUAAGGUAGAUGACAGUAUAGAUCCAGAUAUUAAGAAAGAAUACAACUUGUUUGGAAUGAAACAAAAAUUUUCUGAUGAUGAUGCACUUGCUGAUGAAUGUAGAGAUUCGGAAGUAGAAUUCUCAAAUCCUGAUGACCAUGGUUCAGAUCUUAUAGAUUUUAUAGUUGAUGAUGAUGAUGAGAAUAUACAAAAUGAGAAAAAUGAAGAAAAUAAAGAUGUAGAAGAUAUAGAAGAUAAUAAAGACAUCGAGAGUGAAGAACAAUAUAUGAUAAAAGAUAAUGAAUUUGAGAAGAAAGAAGCAAACUAUGAUCAACAAACAUGCAAAAUUAUAGAACACUGUAUGGAAAGUAACAAUGAAGAAGAUGUGAAUGAAGAGAAUGAUAAAGAAGAUGCAUAUAAGAUGAACUCGGUAAAAAUAAAAAUUACUGAUGUUACUAAAGGACUUAAGAUCAAUAAAAAUAAGAAGAGUAAGAAAUCACCUAAGACUAUUUCGUCUAGUAGUGAAUCAAAAACAAAACGAUAUGUCGAAGCGACAAAAUCACCUGUGAACAAAACUGAAGAAAAUAUUUUAUUGGAUGUAUCAACUCUGACUUCGUCGUUCGAACAAAAAAAAGAAUUAAAUCCACAAUGUUCUUUAAAAAGGAAAGCAGAACAAACUUUGACUAAACAAAUCAACACGUCUGCAAUAGAAUCCAAAAAGAUUAUCAGACCAUCUGUUGCGAUAUUAGGAUGUAGUACACCAAAACUCAAUUUACAAAAUAAAAAAUCUCAAACUGUAGUUUCAGAAUUACAAUCUGAUAACUCUAGUAACGUAGAAAUAAAAAAACGUGUAACAUUUCAAGAUAUAGAAACAAACAAUCAAACUACGAAAAAGAAUUUGAAGAAAAACAUUAAAUUAGAUAAAAUAGAUAAAUUAAUACAAAAUACUUUAUCUAACAAGAAGAAAUCAAUGAAGAUCUCUGAAAGAGAUAUUAAUUUGGACAAAUUAAAUUAUACGAAUGGUAAGAAACAAAUAUUAAAUGCCAAUUCUGCUAAUAAUGCUAUACAAGAAAGUAGUCAACAAAAAAAAAAAAAGCGAAAAAGACAAGAAAAAGAAAUGUGGGAUGAAGAUGCCACUGAUGAGCUUGUGUUACAAGAAAUGAAAGAAUUAAAUAUUCCUAAAAAGAAAAGAUAUGUUAAAGUUGAUUCAAUGCAAACUAGAGAUUUGAAAGUAAAAUCUGAGAAUCUAGAGCCUAAUACAGUACAAUUACAAAAUGCUGAAUUAAAAUCUACUUCCUUUAAAAUGCAGAAUAAAGAAGAUUUUUCUACAAAUAAUUACAAAGUUUUGAAGAAAAAAAGUAAACAAGAGAUAGAAAAUAAAAAAAUUUUAUCACAAAAAUUAUCAAAAAAGAAAAAAAAAGAAGAUAAUACUUUGCCAUUACAAUCUGAAGCUAUGGAGAAAUCCGUUAUUUUAAAGUCUGACAAACGUGCUAAAUCAAAACUAACCCACUUUACUGAGACACAGAAUGAAGAAACAAUUUCAUCAACAAAUAAUUACAUGACUACGAAAAAGAAAGAGCGAAAGACAGGGAACAAAAAAGAAACUUGGUUAGAAAAACCAUUAAAGAAAAAGAAAGCAAAACAAAUACUGCCAUUAGAAAUUGGAACUCCAACAUUAAAAGAGCAAGAAACAGACAAGGGAACUUCGGCAGAAAAAUUAUUAAAGGAGAAAAAAAAAGCAAGAAAAAUUCUUUUAUUAGAAACUGAAAGUGCGACAUUCAAAUCCGAUCUUCAAUCAAAUAAACUACGAUCACAAAAUUAUGUACCAGAUCUUGUUGGUUUUUUUAAAUUAUCAGAUGAAAAGAAAGAUUUAUCUAUAGUAAAUUAUAAGGAUAUGCAUAAGAAAUUUAAACAAAAAAAAUUAAAAGAAAAUAAAGAAUAUUGUCUAGACAAAUUGUCAGAAAAAAAGAAAGAAGUAGAAAGGACUGCGGAAUCGAAACCUGAAAUUUCAAAAUUAAAAUCUGAUAAAAAAGUAAAAUCUGGCAAACUACAAUUACAUAAUAUUAUGUUACACAGUAAUAGAUCAAAAUCUAGUUUUGAAGCACAAGAUAAAGCUUUAAAAGAUAUACAUACUACAAAUUGCAUUACAGCUAAUGAAGAAUUGAAGAAGAUAAAAAAAAGAAAAUUACAAGAUAUUGAAACUAAUAAAGAUCAAGAUAAAAACGAGAUACCUGUCAAAAAAAAGAAAAAAGAAGGAAAGAUAAAAGAAAAGAGUGGCCUGUCAUCAUCGACAGAAACUCUGAAACGACUUCCAGAUAGUGUGAUUGUGAAUCUUGCAGAAGUGCCAAAAAAAAAGAGACAAAAAAUUUCACGAGACGAAGAACAAGUAACACCGGAAAAUACAGAGAAGUUGAUGACAAAUGAGAAUUCCAUUCCUUCAAACUUCUGUAAUAAUCACAUUUCUCGAAUCAAUGUAGUAAGCUUAAAGAAAAUUAAGAAACAAUCGUCAACUGGAAUCGCAACAGUAGUUUCAGCCAAACGACAUAUCUCUAAGAAUCGGGAACCUAUUUCAGCUUAUAUAUCAUAUCUUCAAAAACAGCGCGCAGCAUCUAAAAACAAAUUCAGUACUAAUGCAUUUUAAAAAUAUAUUAUUCUUUAAUUAUAUAAAUAUAUUAGUAUUCUUUAUUCUAAUAUUUGUGAUUAAAAUAAUAUUAAGAGCACAUUGAUUAAAGCAACUUUUUUCUGUGUAUUAAUAGUAAAAUGCUUUGCUUCAAAUUUAUCUCACAAAUUGCAUUAUUAAAUUACAUAAUUUUCAGAAAUAAAGUACAUUUUUCAUUUUUAAAAUUUUAUGUAGAGAUUCAUUAAGUUCUUUUUUACUUGAAACACACCACAGAUAACUUGCUAUUGAAUAAUUU